AUGCCAACCCAAAUAGAAACCGACCAACCCAGUGAUGGAGCAGCUGCCCUCAUUCUGGCAAGGCUGAGCCAAGCGAAAUUUGAUCCUAUUGACUUUCUGAAUGAAAGCCUUCCCACUAUCAACUUGUCUUCACAAUCGCAGACACCAAAGACGAGCCGGGCCGCUCAUAUUCAGAGUGCCUCUACCGACUCCCUCGCACUGCUUUCCUCUCUCAAUGCCCACAACAUACGUGCCUCCUCUGAUUUGUCAUCCCUGACAGACGAGAUUAUACGCAGUGGGAAUCGCCUUGUAUAUGAGGUGGAAGUACUUCGUGGCGAUGUGAAUGGGCUACAUGAAUUGUUGACCGAGUCGUUGCAGGAUGAUAUUGGCCAUUUUGUUCAGGAGGAGGUGGUCGAUGGAACACCAGAAAAUGCACCCCAAGUGACCGAAGGCAACAAUGGGGCAGCAACGUCAAAUGUGACAAAUGAGCCAGAUUUCAUGAUCCAAUUGCGGCUGCUAGGAAAAGUCAAGGUACGCCUUGAGUCGGUGAUCGCCAUCUUUGGUGAAGCGAUGAAAUGGCCCAUGCCUCCCUCAGAGCUGUCGAUGGCAUCCUCUCUGAUCUCUGUCUCCUCCCCAGAGCUAGGGAUGCAAAGUACGGCGGAAGACGACAAGGCUCGCGAGAUCUUAAAAAGCAUCAAGGAAGAAAUAAUCGAUUUGCUUGGCUCUGAUGCCGGAGGGUACGCCGGUUUGGAAGCAGCUUCACAAAGAGUCGAGGAGUACAGGCAACUGGCAAUGCUCUGGAAGGGAACAGGUGAGGAGAAAGCGAGAAACAAGUUCGUGGACAGCCUGGCAAAAGUUGUAGAAGACAGGAAGAAAGCCCUAGACGGGCGAGCGACUCCUCGACAUGCCCGGCCAGACGGCACCCGUCGAUCCAGCUCAGCGAUGGGAAGAAAUCCAAAGCUUUCGAAUGAAGGCGGCGGUGCGGCAGGAUUGUUCAGGAAUUUGCAGCGAUUGAAGGAUGAUCUCUAUCUUGAAUGA